ACCACUUAAUUUAACAGAAAUAAAACAAAAAAACUUGUGGUGUCUAAUUUUCAAUAAAUUUCAUUCAAUUACAGGUGGGAGUGGGAUUGUGGUGCCUGCAGCCUGUAGAUGCGUCUGCGUGCUCCAUUUCAUGGCUUGCUCAACCGCUACACUCCCUUCGGCUUUCACCCAAUUCCAGAGUCUUCCACCGCGUCACGUUUUCAUCCCCAAACUCCGUAUCAGAAUCGCCUCCGUGUCGAAACAACGGAGAUUCAAUUGUAAGCGCGUUGAAGUGAAAGCUGUUUCAACUGAUCUUCAAAAUGGUGCUAUCAGUGGUGAAGUGAAUGAAACUGGAAGUUCGGAGUUGAAGAAGGAUAGGCAAACUAAUCAAUCAUCCUCAAAAUUGGUCCUCGUUGUUGGUGGCUCAGGAGGUGUUGGGCAGCUAGUAGUAGCAUCACUGCUUCAGCGGAACAUCAAGUCACGCUUGAUACUCCGGAAUCCUGAGAGAGCCACGGCACUGUUUGGGGAUCAAGAUAAGGAGACAUUGCAGGUAGUCAAAGCUGACACGCGGAAGCAGGAAGAUUUGGAUCCUUCCAUAUUCGAGGGAGUCACACAUGUGAUUUGCACCUCAGGAACAACAGCUUUUCCUUCCAAGCGGUGGGAAGAUGACAAUACACCAGAAAGGGUUGAUUGGGUGGGAGUGAAGAAUCUAGUAUCUGCAUUGCCUUCCUCAGUGAAGAGAGUUGUUCUGGUGUCAUCAAUAGGUGUGACCAAGUAUAAUGAAUUGCCAUGGAGCAUUAUGAACCUAUUUGGCGUCCUGAAGUAUAAGAAGAUGGGGGAGGAUUUUCUUCAGAAUUCUGGCAUUCCAUUUACCAUAAUAAGGCCCGGAAGGCUGACAGAUGGACCAUACACUUCAUAUGAUCUCAAUACUUUACUCAACGCGACAGCUGGACAACGACGCGCAGUCCUUAUAGGUCAAGGAGAUAAACUAGUGGGAGAGGCGAGCAGAAUUGUGGUUGCUGAAGCUUGCAUACAGGCACUAGAUCUACAAGUCACUGAAAACCAAGUAUAUGAAGUUAGCUCUGUUGAGGGAGAAGGUCCUGGAAAUGAAGCUCAGAAGUGGGAAGAACUAUUUCAGGCUGCGCAGGACUGCUAACUGGACUUCUAAUCAACUCUUACACCAUUUUGAAACAUACAUACUGUAUACGCAUACGCAUCAGAAUUAGUGACUUCAACUUUACAAUUAUUGUUUCUUUCUUCGUUAUUGAAAGGUGUGUAAAAUGUAAAUAUAAGAAACAAACGCACAAAAUCAUGAAGGAAAUUUCCGUGGAGAACGAUUGGACAUAACAUUAAUAAAGGAAAGGGUAAGACUA